ACCGCGGCGCUGCUGAACGCACCUCACACCCGCUUUAUUUACAAAGCCAGGCUUUAAUUCGGGUUUAGUCCGGUUCUGAGUCAUGGCUGUGUGUUUAGUACCGGAUUUUCCUGCGGUUCGGAUCGCUCUGGAGCAUCUAGCAGAGUCCGAUAAGCAGCUGAGGGAAGGUGUGAUAUUCAGCGAGGAGGAAAGUCAUCACCUGAGAGAAAUAGCAGACGCUAUUAAAGCUCUGGAGACGUCCAGAAAAGCAGUGUUCGAUGAACUGGAGGUCGAAACCAUUGAAAUGAGCAAACUUCGCCAUCAGGUCCUGAGUCAGGGAGAUGAUGUGGUGAAGGAAGUAUUGGCCGGGGUGGCGGCCGCCCGGGACGUGAACGCGGCUCAGCUGAAUCAGCUCCAGACGGAGAUGAAAAGUGUGGUGGAGGAAAUAGAGCUGAUGGAGAGGAGGAGGAAGGUGCUGCAGGGGGAAAAUGCCAGGCUCCUGCCAGAUCGAGAACCUAUGAAGAGCAGUCAUGCGAUCAUCAUUGAGCAGCUGAACCAGCAGCUCUCAGAGAAGUCCAGUACACAGAUCUCUCUGAACCAGCUGAAGAUCCACAUCCAGAACACAGAGCAGAAGAUCACUCAGGUGCAGAAAACCAAAACUCACCUGAUCCAAAACCUGCUGCAGGAGAGGAGGAGCUUCUCAGAGAGGAAGGAGAUGCUGCAGAAAGAGAUUGGAGGGAUUAUGAACAGCAUUCAGGAGCAGAAGAAGAUGAAUGCAGAGACUUGCAGAGAGCUGGAUGAAGUUACGGAGGAGCUCUCAGACUUGGAGGAAAGCGUUAGAGAAAAUUUAAGAAGCAUCUCCCAACUGGAGACGAGUAUCUCCAGACGGAGCCUGAAAUACAAGGAGCAGCUGGAGGACGAGAUCAGAAAGUCUGAGGAGCUCCACAGACAAAAAGAAUUUAUUGAUAAGGAGCUGCAGGAGGAAAAAGACUCAUUUCUACAGAAAAUUCAGACUCUUCAGGAGAGAACAGCAGCGGUGGAGAAUCAGCUGGAAGAAGAAGAGAAGAUGAAGAGUGUUCAUCUAGAGUCCGUCGCUGAGAUAUCGGCCAGUUUCAGAGCUCAGAGGAAGAGUGAAGACGACGCUUUAGCAGAUCAGCACAGUGUUUCCACUCAGCUGGAGAAGUCUAAGCAGAGGCUUGAGGAGCACAUGGCCUCCAUCGCCAGGAACAAGCUGAAGGUGAAGGAGAUGGAGGAGGAGAUCAAACAGCUUCAGGAAGUCAGAAAAGUGAACAAAGAGCUGUUUCAGAAGAACAUGGAGGAGCUUCAGUGUCAGCUAUCCAAAGAGAAGAAGAUCAGGGCAGCGUUUGAGGUCGAGAGAGAUGAACUCUGUCAGUCUCUGAAGACCCUUAAAGAUCAGCAUGAACACGGCGUGAGGGAACGCCGCUCAGAAAUCGCAUUAAUGAAGACCAAACACAGCGACCUACAAGACGAGGAGAAGAGACUGGAAUCUGUGAGGCUUCUGAUGGAUCAGCUCAGCAACACGGUUACCAGAGCUGAAGAGGAGAGCAGACAGAUAGAGAUCAGUUACCUCCAUCAAAUACAGCAUCUCACUACGGAAGCUGAUUCGAUCAGAGAAGCUCGGCUGCAGAAAGAAGAAGCUUUGAAGGUUCAGGAGUCGGUUCUGCAGGAGGUCGAGGCUCAGUUUAACAUCGAACUUUCCAGAUACGAAACCCUCAAAACACAGAGCACAGAGCUGAAGAACAGAAAAAAAAAUCUUGAGCUUCCCAUUCAGCAGAUGAAGGAACAGAUCACUCAGCUCCUUAAACCAAAGGAGGAGUUGAAGAACGUGUUGCAGACGCUACGAGCUCAGCACAUGCAGAUGCUGAAUAACCAAUCAGAUAAAAUCAGCAGCACUGAAAAGCUCAUCUACAGGAACGGGCUGAUCCUGGAGCAGGUCAGCAUGGAGAACAGCCGGCUGCACCUGAGGAUUGAACUGAUGAAGGAGGACAUCUCCACCGCCGAGACGGAGCGAGAGAAGAGCUCGGAGCAGAAGAGCUGGAUGAAGAAAGAAGUGCAGUUCCUCUCCAACAGUCUGACAAAAGCCUGGACCACGGAUAAACUGGUUACUGAGGAAUCUAUAGAUAGAGACCAGAAGCUCCUGGUAGACCUGAACAACUUCAUCCUAAAGACCCAGCAGAGGAGACAGCAGGCUGGAGACAUCCAGAGCAGACUGGAGGAGGAGAUCACCAGGAUGAGUUCACUAUUCGGGAGUGUUAAAUCUUAACACUAACAGUGUAAAUAUAAACCAACAGCAGGGUAACAUACAGUACAUACAUAGUUUCAGACACUACAGGGUUAAUAUUCUAGAUGGCAUCAAUCUGAAAUCCAGAGCAGUGUUGGUUUAUAGACUCAAACUGUAUGUUUUGUUUGCAUUAUCUAUAAUUUAUUGUAUUUUAAUAUCGUAUUUGCUCUAAAAAAAAAUAGGUAGUUAGCAGUUAUUUGCAAUAUUGUUGUAACAUUUUGUUAUAAUUUAUUAAAAAUUAAAUAGAAAGUCUCAGAACAUCAGUUUCUCAUUUUUUUCUGCUCUCAUUUUCCAUCUAAUCCCCUCUACUGAUCAUAUAUUUCACUCUGUAGUUA